AUGGUUACUCGUCGUAGCAACUCGUGGUUGGACUUCCUGUGCGAAGGAGGCACUACUUUGAUGCCACGAGGUGUGCACAUCCCUCCGAGUAUGCUGGAGCAGUUCCCCGAGGAAGUGGAGAACGAUAAGAUCAUUUACGUGGAUACAACCGAUUGGGUUGUUUGCCCCCGGAUACUCCGAUCGAAAAACUGCGACUGCCGUAGGAAUUGUCCGUGCCUACACCCCGAUUUCGUGGGUGGUUUCUGGGGGGUGCCGGACCUCAUCUGCCGCAAGUGGUUUCAGGGUAUCUGCGGUUAUGACAGCCGAUGCUGGAACCAGCACGCCGAUACCUUCGACGAGGCGAUGAGAGCUGCGAACCAAGUGCAAGCUUUGCUUCGGGGCAGCCGUACGCCCUUCUCCUACGAGACAACCGAUAAGGGCAUCUUGCAGCAAGUCAGUCGAGCCGAGGCCUCCAGGAUGAUUACUACGACUAUGGCCCGGUAUAGACUAGAUGACUUCACCCACGACUACGACUACCCAAAUUGGGAUAUUCACAAGAUGCCGUCCGUGUUCGUGCCGCAAGAAGAACAACGACACUUGGAGCGACGAGGAUUUCGUCGAGAUGCUUCGCCCCACGGACGAGGUAGGGGUGCCUCCCCUCGUCGAGGACUGUCGCCCCGAGCCCCACAUCAGCAACCUGCGGCGUGGACGGACAGACCCCGAGUCUCUACUCCCUGCAGCCCGCCCUCCGACAGGCUCGCAGACUACACGAACGAGCUCAUACUUCGAUGGUCCCGCGAUGGAGACAGAGUCAGUGCCGAGCUUGGGUCGCACGCCCUAGACCAGAACCUCUUUCCGCCAAGGCGAUGCAGAGGGGAUGGGGGCCCACAUAGCGCAAUCUCCAGCACGACGAUGGCUGGACGCCGAGGAUCCACGAAGAGGAAUGAGGAAGUACAGAGGGCCCGUUCUUGGCAGGCACGCACGGAGUGGAUCAACGAGUCCGCAAGACCCGCCACUCCUCCGACAACGAGACCUUCGGCGGACCAGAUGGUGCAGGUGAAGGCGAUGCCCAAGCUCCUACACUACGACACCCUCUCCGACGCCUUCGGCAUCUUUACGAGAAAAAGGUCCGACAGCACUCGCCGGUUUUCACAUCGAGACACCCAGCUCCUCAAUUUGGUUUCCAGACCAGUCGACACUUCGACGGCUACCCCGUGCUUUCUUUUCGACUUUGGAGCCGAUGACUUGACUGGGUGGCAACGACGUGGCUAUGCUGCCCCCGGGAAACCACCCCUUCGCCGCCUGUGCCCCGGAUGCUCCUUGGGAGAUUACCUGUACUACGUCGAUCAGGUCUUGAACUGUCCGACACACAAGUCGACCCUCGCACAGUUCGGUUUGUUCCUCGAUCUUCCUGUACAUUGCCCCGAUCAGCAUGCGCUAGACGAACGAGUUCUCCUGUUGGGUGUGCCGAAUAACUUCAACGAUCUGAGAUCUACGCUGACCUAUUCGGUGGCCUGGCACUCGGUUACAGCGAGCUUGGCGGACCUGCGCCACGCCAGUACCGAUCGAUUCGCCAGACUCCGAAUUUGGUGCUUUUGUUCGAGGGACAUGCACCGACUCUCGGUCAACUGCGCCGCAUAUCCCCCGAUGUCCGAUAUGAUGCGGCGUUUCAGUUCGGCAACCCUGGAUUGUGAUGAUGACCAAGACCUCUUCCCCUUUUACGACGGGGGCGAGCCACCUUUUCCCAGUGUUCACGCCUUUAAGAAGGCCUCCGAGAAGAUGGGCACAGCCAACCUCCGACAUUUUACUUACCCCGAUGCGACAGACGCCGAGCUCAUCGAGAUUUGGAAGAUGGAUGUGGGCCGCGAUGGCAAAGUUUGGAGGGACUCCGACGCUAACCUCGUCGAGCAGGGCCACGAAGAUGGCACCAAGAGUGUCGUCGGCGAUUUCGACGAUGACACCAAGUGCGGACAAUACGCCAAGUUGUACUUCGAUGCGAUGUGGGACCACCAACGGAACAGCUGGGUCAGGAAACCGGUCUUCUACGUCAAUAACCGCUCCACCUCCGAUAUCAAUUACAACGGUUGCCUCGAGAUCUCGAUCAAGCCUAGCAAACGACAACCACCCGACGUACAACACCGUAUACAGGGUGUCUUGAUUUCCUUCGGCCACAAGAACCUAGUGUUGACGCCGUGCCCUGCCCGGGCCAAAACGAUGUGGCAACAGAUCGACAAACAUCUCGCCGAGAAUCGCUUAGCCCCGGAGGAGGCUAGAAAGAUGGCAGGCAAGUGUAUUUUCUUGACGGGCCGCCUAUUCGGCAAAGUGGGUCGAGAACCUCUCAAGGCUAUCUACGCGCGUGCCAAUAUCAACACUUACAGCCUCGACAAACCCACGAGAGCCUCAUUGCUCGCGCUCAAAGAUAUCAUUUUCACAAUACAAGCCGAUGACGAUCCCUCGGUCUACCGCCCAGGCGACGAAGAUCUUCCCACUUGGAACUCCGACUCAACGAAAGACAUCGAGAACGGAUGGGCGUUUAUCUACCUUCUCGAGGCCUGGGCAGCGAUCCUGGCCUCAUUGAUCUUCGAACCCUGGCUCGGUAACUUCUACAUCCAAUGCUGCGACAAUGAGGUUAAUAUCGCCGACGCCAUCAGUCGAUUUGAGGACAUCGAUCAAGCUCGAGAGUGGCUUCUACUGGAGCUACUUUUGGCUCAAAUUACAGAUCGGGCGGCUAAGAUCAAAGGAGACAUCGAUUUUGCUUCGAAGAAUGGUUUUUCGGACUUGCCAGGAAUUGACCGAUUACAUCGCAUCCUGGCUGAAAAAGACCGGUAA